GUAAAAAAUAUUAUAGUUCUUUUUUAUAUUAUUGUUAGUAAAUAAUCCAAUUAAAUGGCGAAAAACUAUGACGAAGAAACAAUUUAUGCGGAGUGCGACAUCGUCAGAUGUGACGACAAUUCAACAAAUUGGGUUUCGUUUGUGUACGAUGAAAAAACCAUCGUUAUCGACCAGAAAGGGGAAGAUAUUGAAGAACUAUUAAAGCAUAUGACAAAGAACAAAGACCGAGUUUUUGCCUACAUUCGUGUUGAGACAGGUGAUGAAAUGUCCAAAAGACAGAAAUUCGCCUUUUUAACGUUCAUAGGAACUGAUGCAAAACCUUUAAACAAGGCCAGAGUAUCAACCGAUUCUAAAAGCUUGCAAUCGACUUGUCCAGAUGUGGCGGUGAAUCAUUUUAUGGACGGAGAGCCGGAUCCUCUUGAAGAAAUAAUAGAAAAAGUUAGAAAAGCUGGAGGAGCAAAUUACAAUGCCCAAGCGUGAUCAGUUGCAUGAAUCGUUAAAGACAAACUAUUUCAGCAAAAUUAGCGUUAUAUCAAAACUAGCACUUCAUAAUUUAUACGAGCAUUGUAAUAUGAACUCACUUAGUUAAGUUUGUUUUUGAAGUAAGUUGUUUUUAAGUUUGACACGUAGAUAAUUUUUAAAGCUUUACAGUAACUUAGAUACAUGUAUUUAAGUCAUUGAAAGCGCGUAUUCCCAAAAUUGCUGAGAAAUAUGUAUAUUAUGAAAGACAUAGAAAAAUUUGAUGUUUUUGGAAGAUGAAUUUGUUGGAAUAAUGUGCACUAGAUAUAUUUAGUCUUAUUAGCACAACUCUUAUUUUUUCUAGUAAUUCAUAGCAUUAUUCUAUUUCUAUCAAAUUUUCUGGAAAAUACGCCAGCGUAUAAAGAGUUGAAAAAUAUAGAUUUCUUGGUCAUUCAUUCAAUAAUUUCGACUUAUCAUUAACAAUAAACAAAAAUUUCCAUAUUCAAAGUCUAGAUAGUCCAUCAUUCCAACAAUUUAAAAAUAUCCUUCAUUGUAAGUUUAACCAUAUAUUACAAAAUUUAUAUAUAAUCGGUGUUUUAUUAUCGUAGAUAAAUAUUCACUUUCCCGUCGUGGUUUAUUACUUUUGUUUUCAUUUUGGAUUGAAUCGAAGAAGAUCGAUAAAAUAAAAAGCUAAACAUAAAUCAG